GCAAUCAUUCUCUUUUGGUUGCCUCACCCGCAUGACCCCCUCUUCACUCUCCCCCCCCCCCCCCCCCACACCCCCCCUUACUAUAUAUAUGUAUAUAUAUAUACUCACUCUCCUGUACCACUCCAUCACACCUCUCAUCUCCCUCUCACACACUACUACACACACUAAACCUUCUUCAAAUCACACUAUCAAAUUUUUUCUUUGAUCAAACACAUCAAAAAACAAAAUCCACAACAAAUCUCCCGAUCCAAUGGCGGUGUCCGGGUUCGAAGGGUUCGAGAAGAGGCUCGAGCUCCGCUUCUCCGGCGACGAUCCGGCCGCCGGAGGGCACGGGCUCCGGCGGCUGGAGUUCUGCAAGCUGGAGAAAGUGCUGCAUGCGGUGCAGUGCACCGUGGUGUCGGCGGUGGGGAACACGCGCUUCGACUCGUACGUUUUGUCGGAGUCGAGCCUGUUCGUGUACCCCACGAGGAUCAUCAUCAAGACAUGUGGGACCACGCACCUGCUCAAAUCGGUGCGCCCGUUGGUGGACCACGCGGCCACCCUGGGCCUCACCCUCUGCGGGUGCAGGUACACCCGCGGCACGUUUAUCUUCCCCGACGCGCAGCCUUACCCGCACACCACCUUCAAGGAGGAGGUGCUCUACCUGGAGGAGAAUCUGCCCAAGAAUCUCUCCCUGAGAAAGGCGGCGGUGAUGGGCUCCAAAUCCUGCUACAAGUGGCACGUGUUCACGGCGUGUGACGACGACGCGCCCGCGGAGGAGGGGGGCGACGGCCUCUUCACGGUCGAGAUUUGCAUGACCGAGCUGGACCGGGUUCUGGCCAAGAACUUCUUCCGCCGGUUCAACGACGGGAAAACCGGGGACUCGGCCGGGGUGGAGAUGACGGACGUGACCGGGAUCAGGAGCGUGAACCGGAACGCGCUCAUCUGCGACUACGCCUUCGACCCCUGCGGCUACUCGAUGAACGGCGUCGACGGCGGCCGCUACUCCACGGUGCACGUGACGCCCGAGGACGGGUUCAGCUACGCCAGCUUCGAGUCGGUCUACGCGAACCGGGAGGAGUUCCUCGAGGGGCUGCAGAAGGUGGUCAAGGUCUUCCGGCCGGCGGCGCUCUCCGUGUCGACCACGUGCGCCGCCGGGCGGGAGGUGUGGAGAGGGGUGGCGAAGGCCGUCGAGCCGCUAGGGUUGAGGGUCAGAAGCCGGGCGGCCGACGAGUUCCCCGAUGCCGGGACCGUGGUUUUUCAAACGUUCGCGGCUCGCCGGAAGUAGGCGGCGCGUGGUGCUACUACUAGGGCGGCGGCGGCGGCGGACGUGCCUAGAGAUGUUCAAAGGAGUAAAUUAAUUAAGGGUGCAUGAAAAGUUUAGGUGGAAUUCUUUUUUCUUUUUUCUUUUUCUUUUACUCCUUAAUUUCCCUUAUGGGAGUUGGGUGGGGGAGAUUUAGGAAAUAUGAAUAUUGAUUAUGCAUGCUAAUUGAUGUCAUUGCAUGGAUGAUGAGAAUCAAAUGUGGGGUUGACUUUGUCUAGAAGGGAAAUCUUGAAAAAACAAAAAAUUGAAAAAUUUAGUGAUAUAAGGAUGAUGUGGGAAUGGUUGUAGAUGGUAUUGGGUUCAUCAUAAUAUUGCACCCCACUUAAAUAUGGCACGCCUAGAACAAUUUUUGAGAUUUGGAGUAUAUUUAUCAUAGUUAGUGGGGUUGGAGGGAUCUAUGAAAAGUGCUCAAAAUAUAUGUAAUUUUUUCCAUGUUUAUAUGAACUUUCUACCAUCUCUUUCUCAAA